AUGCCCGGGCCCGUUAUUGCCUUUUUGAUAUCAAGUAUUCCCCACAUCAUCGUCAAGACGGGUGCCGCUCCUCUGGAGCGUAUCAAGCUGCUCAUCCAAAAUCAGGACGAGUUGCUCCGCUUUGGUCGUCUCACCAAGCCUUACGCCGGCAUCUACGAGUGCCUCAAGCGCAUCAUCACUGAGGAGGGUAUCGCAUCCCUCUGGCGCGGCAAUACCGCGGGUAUCAUCCGCUACUUCCCAGCUCAGGCCCUGGACUACGCUUUCCGCGAUACCUACAGAUCUAUGUUCGCCUUUGAGAAGGGGCGAGAUGGUUACUGGUUGUGGAUGGCCGGUAAUAUUGCCUCUGGUGCUGCUGCUGGUGCAACCAGACUCCUCUUUCUCUACCCGCUGGACUACGUCCGUGUUCGUCUUGCCAACGACAUCAAGGACGCCACUAGUAGCGAGCGUCAAUAUAAUGGCCUCAUGGACGUCGUUGAGAAGACCAUCGCCUCUGACGGUAUCGCUGGUCUCUACCGUGGCUUUUUGCCGUCCGUCAUUGGUAUUAUUCUCUACCGUGGCCUCUGGCUCGGCAUAAUGGACAUCAUCAAGCCUCUUGUCCUCACCGGUGCCCUCGAGGGCAACUUCCUUGCCUCUUUUCUCUUCAGCUGGACCGUCGCCACGAUUGUCAGUCUCGCCACUUACCCGCUUGACACUAUCCGCUCUCGUCUGAUGAUCAGAUCCGGUGAGGCUAUCAAGGACGAUUCCUUCAUCGAUGCUAGCGGUCAGAUCCUUGCUACGGGAGGCUUGAAGUCUCUUUGGAAGGGCGCUGACGCCGACGUCCUCCGAAGUGUUGGCAGUCUGGCCCAAUUCUUCAUUUUCGGCUAUGCCUUCUAG